AUGGACAAACACGAUAUCGGCAUUUUGGUAGGAACGAUUAUCGCCCUGCUCUUCUUGAUUCUCGGCGUGGCCAUUGAAAGAUGGACUUGCGGUGGUGUGCUAGGCAACUGUAUUAGAUUCUCCAACAACGCCUACCUGGCCAUCGGCGUUCUCCUCGUUAUCGCCAUCAUUCUGCUCGCAUUUGCACUUAUCUUCAUCAUUCUUGAUCUGACUAUUGGCGACUACUGGAUGGACAUCGCAGCCAUCGUAUUUGUCUGCAUUGCAGCCAUACUAGCACUGGCAGCCAUGCUCUACUACUACAUUGCGGUGAAUCCGUGGAUUUCGCCUAUCCUGGCGACCAUCGGCAUGGCUUUUGCUGUGGCAGUAGCUAUAUUCAUGCUGAUGCAGAGGAUAUCCUGCUGA